UCAUGGUUGCUUGUGAAAUCUGUGAAGCUUGGUUUCACCCUAGUUGUAUUAACGUUUCUACAAGUCUUGUGCUUAGUCCCUAUUCUUUGUUCUACUGUAACGGCUGCCACUCAAGUGGACAAUAUACAUUUGAAGAUAUUUCAAAGGUGCGGAAAUUGGGACGAACCUUGAGGAAGCGAAGUGCCUUGGACUAUAACACGUCCCAAGUAUUGUCCUUUGAUAACUGCAAUAGUGCUCUGUUGAAAACUGGUGAAGCUUUCUUACAUUUUUUAAACUCCAGAGGAUAUGAACGUGCCAAUAUCGAAGAAUAUAACAAAUUAGAUUCUGACGCACUCCAUUCAUGGAAUUCAAGUGGUCAAAUCAAGCCAGUUCUAGUAAAAGACUCUACAGACUUGCAAAUCGUGCAACCAAGUGUUUCAAUCAAUUUACAUUUAAUAGGUGAGCUUGUAGGAGACUCUUGUGCAGUUGAAGUGCUAGAUGUGGCGACUCAAUCGGAAGUAUAUCCACAGUGGACACUUGGGCAGUGGUUGACAUAUUUUCAAACUCGAAAAGACAAGCGGAAGGCAAUUUUAAAUGUUUUAUCGUUGGAAGUGAGUCAUACGAAACUUUCUUCAUAUAUUCGCGCUCCAGUCCUGGUGAGAGAUAUUGAUUGGAUUCAAAAUUCGUGGCCAAAGACACGAAAACAAAGUUGUCUCCAUGAGUUGAACAAAUACUUUAGUCAGAAUCUAUCGGAAAGUGAAAAGCAGAACAGAAAAAUUCCUUUGAUAACAUAUCCCAAGGUUCAGUUAUAUUGUCUCAUGUCUGUGGCAGGUGCAUACACCGAUUUUCAUAUCGACUUUGGUGGAAGCUCCGUUUGGUAUCACGUUAUCUUUGGAAAGAAAAUUUUUUAUUUGAUACGUCCAACUAAAAAGAAUCUUGAAGCUUUCGAGCGAUGGACUACGAGUCCCUUUCAAAGCUCAAUAUUCUUCGGAGAUGAAGUAGAUGAAUGCAGUUGGAUAAUAGUUGCGGCAGGCAAUACUUUUUUCAUUCCUUCGGGAUGGAUUCACGCUGUUUAUACGCCUGAAGACUCUUUGGUAUUCGGUGGCAACUAUCUUCAUGACUUUGCUGUUACAAAACAAUUGGAAAUAGCCAAUUUGGAAAGAAGAACAGGUGUGCCUGACAAGUAUUUGUUUCCAUUCUUUUACAAGAGCUGUUGGUAUGCUGCAGCGAGAAUGGUUGUAACAUACUCUUAUCUCCAUGACCACAUUUACUGUCUUGAUGAUAUAUUAUCUCCCACUUAUUUAAGUGAACUGAGUUUGAAGAUAUCAGGUAGAGAUGUGGACCUACAGAGCGAAAGAUGGAAAUACGAAGCAAACAAACUUUUAAAGUACCUUCGAAACCAUUCGAAACAUAUUACCAAUGAAAGCUGGAAAAAGAGAAACCGUACUCGUUUUAGUAGCUUUUUGCCUCCCAAGGAAAUUUUAAAACCUUUUCUGCUCUUAGAUGUAUUGGAAUCUAUUUGCCAACUGAAUGUACACUUACAGUUAGUAUCUUCACAAGUAUAAUAGCUAUAUAGAUAUAUUUAUAUUUUCCAGUGGCAUAACUGUAAAUACAGCAAAGAGAAUAUCUAUUUGAAAAGUGC